AUGGCGUCCCAGUUUAUUGGGCUGCACAUGAGGGUUGUGCUCCGUGAGCCGUCGGGCUAUCGACUCACGGGAUUUGUUAGCGAUGUCGAGGCCGGGAGUAGCCUGACUUUAACGAACGUCUAUAUUGCAGCAACCAAGGAGAGGGCCACGCAGAUGAAGAUUGACGCUGCUAAUAUUGCUGAUCUUUCUGAAAUACCCUUCGAGCAUGCCUCCCCAACUAAAUAUGCGUCUCCGGCGCUGGACCCUGGCCCGCCUUCAUUUUCACAGCCUGCCCAACAGCAAGCCCAGCCCCAACAGCAGGCUUUUGUUGAUCCGGCAAUUCUAAGCGUUGGCAGACGCCCGGCAUCUAAUACUCCCGGGGCUGCGGCUCCAGGCUUGCAGCAUAAGUCUGACAACGGAGAUGCGGUGACCAGUGGUAUACCGAGUAUCCUCACCUCUGGGACAUCCGGGAAUCUGCCAGGGAGGAUACGUGAGACCGACAUUCUGGAUUCCAUUCAGGGCUUGAAAGUUGGCCGGACAAGCAAUUCAGGCACGCAGACGCCUACACCGGUGGCAGCCCCGGAAACACCUUCACAAAAGAAAAAAGGCCGUUCAAAACAUUCGAAACAAGCUAGGGCUAACCAUACUGCUCAUCAUGACGGACAGGAGGCUGAUGGAGCUAACAUGAGUGGGCAUGGCAAAGGCUGGAGACAAACACCCAUCCUGCAGAGCACAUCAUCCUUCCAACCAUUCAAUUCGUUAAAGAAGAACGGCAAGAGCCGAAAAGGCCUUCCCGAUAACGGCUGGGCUUCCGAGGAUGUCACCGAAGAGAUGGGCGACUUUGAUUUCGAAAAUAAUCUGGCCAAGUUCGACAAGCGGACCAUUUUUGACCAGAUGCGCAAAGAGGACGAGAUUGAUGAGGCCGAUCGCCUUGUAUCACACAAUCGACGACCCAAGCCUGGUACAGCAGGGGGCAAAAAUCUACACUAUACGGAAAUGGUUCUCGAUGUACCUUCGCCUAUGGGCGGACAAAAUGCCGACUUUUGGAACAGUGAGGCAGAAGUUGGAGUGAAUGAGUCGGAGAGACCGAGUGGACGAGAGGCGAGGAACGGCGCAGCGUCUGCUACGGCUGCAGCAGUUCCUCUGAAACCACGAGCGGAGAGCAAAUCGGGGCUUUCACGACGUUCCCAGUCCCGCAAGGCGAGUGGCGUCGUGACCAGCCAGCCGCUCAGCAGGGUUAACUCCUCUGUACGUGCAUCCCAAUCUUCCACCCGCUGGCCGACCCCUAAAUCAGGCCACCGUGAUGCUGAUACCAUCCUGCAGCAACGGAUCGAACAGCCCGGUCUGUACCUCAUCCCAUCUCUCCGCCGCCUCGAAGCUAUUUCCACUCUACAAAUGCUCAACCUCGAAAACAUUGCCGCCAACGAAAUCGGCUUUUCAGAGGCGCUCAUGGCAGAAAAUGCCGGCCGUGGCAUCGCAGAAGUAGCCGUCACAGCACUAUCCGAUCCGGCCAUCAAGGUCCGAUUUGAACUGGCGCUCGCCGCUUCACUCUCAGAUACCUCCUCAUCACUGAGUACUUCCACUAUCGUCGUCCUCGCCGGCAACAAUAAAUCCGGCAUCCGCGCCUUGGCAGCAGCACGACACUUGCGCAACAAGAACUUUGACGUGAUAGUAUGUCUCGUGGGCUUCGAGCGCGAAAAAGACCUCUUGGAAGAUUUGAGACGGCAAAUACAGCUGUAUCGUGCAUUCGGUGGUAAAGUCCACAAUAAGAACGACUUUUUCGAACACCUCCGCAAAUCAUCCGCCUCUGGAAACCCCGUCUCCGUAUCCCUCAUCAUAGACGCCCUCCUAGGAUUAACAAUAUCAUUUGAAGAGCUCCGGAUAGGCGAUCAAGCUACCGUCUACGAACUAAUGGAGUGGGCGAACCGCAACGACGCAUUCGUCUUGUCCGUCGACGUUCCCACGGGCAUUGAUCCUACAUCUGGCAAAAUCGCUAUCAUCGACGGCGCACAUCUGUAUGUGAAGCCACGCUAUGUGGUCGCCAUAGGAGCACCGAAAAAGGGCCUCUUAGAAGCUGUUACUCCCCCUUCAGAUGGGGAGCCCGGCCCAUUGCACAGCGGCGCUCACGAAGAUGAAUGGCGGUUGUUCAUUGCGGAUAUGGGCCUUGGUAGUGCGGUGUGGAGAAAAGCAGGCACCAAGGUUCGAAAGGGCAUCGACUUUGAUGGUAAGUGGGUGCUGGAGAUGCGAUAUCGUGGGAGGGAAGUUGAGUACGAGGAGGACUGA